GUGAGUUUACUCUCACAUAGAACCGUUGGAUGUAGAGGAUUUUUCGGUCUGUUUUCUUAGUUAUCAUGGUUCAUGAAGGUCUGCAGACAUAUUAUUUUCAGAAGAUUGAGGAGCUCGAAGUUCUGAUACGUGAGAAGGAGCAGGAUGUGCAUAGACUAGAGGCUCAGCGCAAUGAAUGGAACAGCAAAGUGCGUUUUAUCAAAGAAGAGUUGACGAGGUUACAGGAACCAGGGUCCUACGUGGGAGAAGUAAUAAAGCCUAUGGGAAAGAACAAGGUGUUGGUGAAAGUGCAUCCAGAAGGGAAGUAUGUCGUAGAUAUUGCAAAGGAUAUUGACAUAGCUGCGUGUACCCCGACUACUCGUGUGGCUUUAAAGAAUGAUUCUUACGAAUUGCACCGGAUUCUUCCGAACAAAGUUGAUCCGUUGAUUUCCCUGAUGCGCGUUGAGAAGAUUCCUGGAUCUACCUAUGAGAUGAUAGGUGGUCUUGAGAAGCAGAUUAAGGAGAUUAAAGAGGUGAUUGAGUUGCCUAUCAAGCAUCCAGAGUUAUUUGAGGCGCUGGGCAUAGCACAGCCAAAGGGUGUCUUACUAUAUGGUCCUCCGGGAACAGGAAAGACACUUUUAUCCCGUGCUGUGGCUCACCACACAGACUGCACAUUUAUUCGUGUUUCUGGAUCUGAGUUGGUUCAAAAAUACAUCGGAGAAGGAUCUCGAAUGGUUCGCGAGUUGUUCGUAAUGGCGCGCGAGCAUGCACCCAGUAUUAUUUUUAUGGAUGAGAUCGAUUCAAUUGGAAGUUCAAGAACUGAAGGCGGUAGUACUGGAGGUGAUUCCGAAGUCCAGCGGACAAUGUUAGAACUUCUGAAUCAGCUCGACGGAUUUGAAAGUACAAGAAACAUCAAAGUUUUGAUGUGCACGAAUCGUAUUGAUAUCUUGGAUCCGGCACUGCUGCGCCCGGGAAGAAUUGACCGCAAGAUAGAAUUUCCGAACCCGAAUGAAGCAGCGCGGCUGGACAUUGUCAAAAUUCACUCGAGGAAGAUGAAUUUGAUCAGAGGAAUCAAUUUACAAAAAGUGGCAGAAAAACUCAAUGGGGCGUCCGGUGCAGAAAUAAAAGCUGUUUGCACAGAAGCCGGCAUGUACGCAUUAAGAGAGGGCAGAGUUCACGUGACCCAAGAAGAUUUCGAGAUGGCCGUUGCCAAGGUCAUGGCAAAAGAUCAGGAAAAAAACAUGUCUUUGAGAAAAUUGUUCAAGUAAAUUUUUAUUUUUUCGCGAACGCAGCGGUCCUUCAACAAUCCUCCCUAAGCCUAGGUGGAAUGCUUCACUUCAGAUUUUUCAGGCGAACACAUCUACUCUGUCGAUAUGUUUUCGGUCUUUAUACAUUCGAAAAAAAUAAAUGUAAACUUAAUCCA